AUGGCCGAGCCACAGCCAGAGGUGCAGCAGGACCAAUCGGGGAACCGUGCCCGGCCACACGCAGGAGGGCAGCAGGAGCCGCCCGGGGUAGAGCAGCGUGAGCUGCCAAGGGAAGAGCAGCAGGAGCUGCCGGCAAGGGAGCAGCAAGCAAGGGAGCAGCAAGCGGUAGAAGUGGAGAUGGCCGAGCUACAGCCAGAGGCACAGCAGGACCAAUCGGGAAACCAGGCCUGGCCACAGGCAGGAGGGCAGCAGGGGCCGUCCGGGGGAGAGCAGCUGGAGCUGCCAAGGGAAGAGCGGCAGAAGCCGCCGGGGGUGGGGCAGCUGCCGGCAAGGGAGCAGCAAGCGGUGGAUGUGGAGAUGGCCGAGCUAAUGCCAGAGGUGCAGCAGGACCAAUCAGGGAGCCAAGUCCGGCUGCAGGCAGGAGAGCAGCAGGAGCUGCCGGGGGAGGAGCGGCAGGAGCUGCCAACAGGAGGGCAGCUCGAGCUGUCGGGGGGAGGGCAGCAGGAGCUGUCGGAGGGGGAGCGGCGGGAGCUGCCGGCGCGGGGGCAGCUGGAGGUCGCUAGUGCGGACUCUACAAGCCAAGCGAAGAGAACCCGGGCACGGGGCCGAGGCGGGAGACGACACGCCCGUAAGACGCAAGGGCGAAUUGGAAGCGGAGCUGCCGCACAGCAGGCGGAGGGGCAGCCGGGGGCGACCGAGACACCCCCGGGAGCUCCGCGGGUGGGGGGGCAGCCCUGGGUGCCCGGGGCGCCCCAAGGAGAGCAGCAGCCAGGGGAGCUGCCGGGGGUGACCGGAGCACCCCAGGGAGAGCAACAGGCAGGGGGGCAGCCGAGGGUGCCCGGAGCACCCCAGGGAGUGCAGCAGGCAGGGGGGCAGCCGGGGGUGCCCGGGGCACCCCAGGGAGUGCAGCAGGCAGGAGGGCAGCCGAGGGUGCCCGGGGCACCCCAGGGAGUGCAGCAGGCAGGGGGGCAACCGGGGGUGCCUGGGGCACCCCAGGGGGUGCAGCAGGCAGAAGGGCAGCCGAGGGUGUCCGGGGCACCCCAGGGAGUGCAGCAGGCAGGAGGGCAGCCGGGGGUGCCCGGGGCACCCCAGGGAGUGCAGCAGGCAGGGGGGCAGCCGGGGGUGCCCGGGGCACCCCAGGGAGUGCAGCAGACAGGGGGGCAGCCGGGGGUGCCCGGGGCACCCCAGAGAGUGCAGCAGGCAGGAGGGCAGCCGAGGGUGCCCGGGGCACCCCAGGGAGUGCAGCAGGCAGGGGGGCAACCGGGGGUGCCCGGGGCACCCCAGGGGGUGCAGCAGGCAGGAGGGCAGCCGAGGGUGCCCGGGGCACCCAAGGGAGUGCAGCAGGCAGGGGGUCAGCCGGGGGUGCCCGGGGCACCCCAGGGGGUGCAGCAGGCAGGGGGGCAGCCGGGGGUGCUCGGGGCACCCCAGGGAGUGCAGCAAGCAGGGGGGCAACCGGGGGUGCCCGGGGCACCCCGGGGGGUGCAGCAGGCAGGAGGGCAGCCGAGGGUGCCCGGGGCACCCCAGGGAGUGCAGCAGGCAGGGGGUCAGUCGGGGAUGCCCGGAGCACCCCAGGGAGUGCAGCAGGCAGGAGGGCAGCCGGGGGUGCCCGGGGCACCCCAGAGAGUGCAGCAGGCAGGGGGGCAGCCGGACGUGCCCGGGGCACCCCAGGGAGUGCAGCAGGCAGGGGGGCAACCGGGGGUGCCCGGAGCACCCCGGCGGGCGCAGCAGGCAGGAGGGCAGCCGAGGGUGCCCGGGGCACCCCGGGUGGUGCAGCAGGCAGGAGGGCAGCCGAGGGUGCCCGGGGCACCCCAGGGAGUGCAGCAGGCAGGGGGUCAGUCGGGGAUGCCCGGAGCACCCCGGGGAGUGCAGCAGGCAGGAGGGCAGCCGGGGGUGCCCGGGGCACCCCAGAGAGUGCAGCAGGCAGGAGGGCAGCUGAGGGUGCCCGGGGCACCCCAGGGAGUGCAGCAGGCAGGGGGGCAACCGGGGGUGCCCGGGGCACCCCAGGGAGAGCAACAGGCAGGGGGGCAGCCGAGGGUGCCCGGAGCACCCCAGGGAGUGCAGCAGGCAGGGGGGCAGCCGGGGGUGCCCGGGGCACCCCAGGGAGUGCAGCAGGCAGGAGGGCAGCCGAGGGUGCCCGGGGCACCCCAGGGAGUGCAGCAGGCAGGGGGGCAACCGGGGGUGCCCGGGGCACCCCAGGGGGUGCAGCAGGCAGAAGGGCAGCCGAGGGUGUCCGGGGCACCCCAGGGAGUGCAGCAGGCAGGAGGGCAGCCGGGGGUGCCCGGGGCACCCCAGGGAGUGCAGCAGGCAGGGGGGCAGCCGGGGGUGCCCAGGGCACCCCAGGGAGUGCAGCAGACAGGGGGGCUGCCGGGGGUGCCCGGGGCACCCCAGAGAGUGCAGCAGGCAGGAGGGCAGCCGAGGGUGCCCGGGGCACCCCAGGGAGUGCAGCAGGCAGGGGGGCAACCGGGGGUGCCCGGGGCACCCCAGGGGGUGCAGCAGGCAGGAGGGCAGCCGAGGGUGCCCGGGGCACCCAAGGGAGUGCAGCAGGCAGGGGGUCAGCCGGGGGUGCCCGGGGCACCCCAGGGGGUGCAGCAGGCAGGGGGGCAGCCGGGGGUGCUCGGGGCACCCCAGGGAGUGCAGCAAGCAGGGGGGCAACCGGGGGUGCCCGGGGCACCCCGGGGGGUGCAGCAGGCAGGAGGGCAGCCGAGGGUGCCCAGGGCACCCCAGGGAGUGCAGCAGGCAGGGGGUCAGUCGGGGAUGCCCGGAGCACCCCAGGGAGUGCAGCAGGCAGGAGGGCAGCCGGGGGUGCCCGGGGCACCCCAGAGAGUGCAGCAGGCAGGGGGGCAGCCGGACGUGCCCGGGGCACCCCAGGGAGUGCAGCAGGCAGGGGGGCAACGGGGGGUGCCCGGAGCACCCCGGCGGGCGCAGCAGGCAGGAGGGCAGCCGAGGGUGCCCGGGGCACCCCGGGGGGUGCAGCAGGCAGGAGGGCAGCCGAGGGUGCCCGGGGCACCCCAGGGAGUGCAGCAGGCAGGGGGUCAGUCGGGGAUGCCCGGAGCACCCCGGGGAGUGCAGCAGGCAGGAGGGCAGCCGGGGGUGCCCGGGGCACCCCAGAGAGUGCAGCAGGCAGGAGGGCAGCUGAGGGUGCCCGGGGCACCCCAGGGAGUGCAGCAGGCAGGGGGGCAACCGGGGGUGCCCGGGGCACCCCAGGGAGAGCAACAGGCAGGGGGGCAGCCGAGGGUGCCCGGAGCACCCCAGGGAGUGCAGCAGGCAGGGGGGCAACCGGGGGUGCCCGGGGCACCCCAGGGGGUGCAGCAGGCAGAAGGGCAGCCGAGGGUGUCCGGGGCACCCCAGGGAGUGCAGCAGGCAGGAGGGCAGCCGGGGGUGCCCGGGGCACCCCAGGGAGUGCAGCAGGCAGGGGGGCAGCCGGGGGUGCCCGGGGCACCCCAGGGAGUGCAGCAGACAGGGGGGCUGCCGGGGGUGCCCGGGGCACCCCAGAGAGUGCAGCAGGCAGGAGGGCAGCCGAGGGUGCCCGGGGCACCCCAGGGAGUGCAGCAGGCAGGGGGGCAACCGGGGGUGCCCGGGGCACCCCAGGGGGUGCAGCAGGCAGGAGGGCAGCCGAGGGUGCCCGGGGCACCCAAGGGAGUGCAGCAGGCAGGGGGUCAGCCGGGGGUGCCCGGGGCACCCCAGGGGGUGCAGCAGGCAGGGGGGCAGCCGGGGGUGCUCGGGGCACCCCAGGGAGUGCAGCAAGCAGGGGGGCAACCGGGGGUGCCCGGGGCACCCCGGGGGGUGCAGCAGGCAGGAGGGCAGCCGAGGGUGCCCGGGGCACCCCAGGGAGUGCAGCAGGCAGGGGGUCAGUCGGGGAUGCCCGGAGCACCCCAGGGAGUGCAGCAGGCAGGAGGGCAGCCGGGGGUGCCCGGGGCACCCCAGAGAGUGCAGCAGGCAGGGGGGCAGCCGGACGUGCCCGGGGCACCCCAGGGAGUGCAGCAGGCAGGGGGGCAACCGGGGGUUCCCGGAGCACCCCGGCGGGUGCAGCAGGCAGGAGGGCAGCCGAGGGUGCCCGGGGCACCCCAGGGAGUGCAGCAGGCAGGAGGGCAGCCGGGGGUGCCCGGGGCACCCCAGAGAGUGCAGCAGGCAGGAGGGCAGCUGAGGGUGCCCGGGGCACCCCAGGGAGUGCAGCAGGCAGGGGGGCAACCGGGGGUUCCCGGGGCACCCCAGGGAGUGCAGCAGGCAGGGGGUCAGCCGGGGGUGCCCGGAGCACCCCAGGGAGUGCAGCAGGCAGGAGGGCAGCAGGGGGUGCCCGGGGCACCCCAGGGAGUGCAGCAGGCAGGGGGGCAACCGGGGGUGCCCGGGGAACCCCAGGGAGUGCAGCAGGCAGGGGGUCAGCCGGGGGUGCCCGGGGCGCCCCAGGGAGUGCAGCAGGCAGGUGUGGAGCCGGGGGUGCCCAGGGCACCCCAGGGAGUGCAGCAGGCAGGAGGGCAGCAGGGGGUGCCCGGAGCACCCCAGGGAGUGCAGCAGGCAGGAGGGCAGCCGAGGGUGCCCGGGGCGCCCCGGGGAGUGCAGCAGGCAGGUGGGCAACCGGGGGUGCCCGGGGCACCCCAGGGAGUGCAGCAGGCAGGAGGGCAGCCGGGGGUGCCCGGGGCACCCCAGAGAGUGCAGCAGGCAGGGGGGCAACCGGGGGUGCCCGGGGCACCCCAGGGAGUGCAGCAGGCAGGGGGUCAGCCGGGGGUGCCCGGAGCACCCCAGGGAGUGCAGCAGGCAGGAGGGCAGCCGGGGGUGCCCGGGGCAUCCCAGGGAGUGCAGCAGGCAGGAGGGCAGCCGAGGGUGCCCGGGGCACCCCAGGGAGUGCUGCAGGCAGGAGGGCAGCCGAGGGUGCCCCGGGCACCCCAGGGAGUGCAGCAGGCAGGAGGGCAGCCGAGGGUGCCCGGGGCACCCCAGGGAGUGCAGCAGGUAGGAGGGCAGCCGAGGAUGCCUGGAGCACCCCAGGGAGAGCAGCAGGCUGGGGGGCAGCCGGGGGCGAUCGGAGCACCCCAGGGAGAGCAGCAGCUAGGGGGGCAGCCGGGGGUGACCCGAGCACCCCACGGCGAGCAGCAGCCGGGGGUGACCGGAGCACCCCAGGGAGUGCAGCAGGCAGGAGGGCAGCCGAUGGUGCCUGGGGAACCCCAGGGAGUGCAGCAGGCAGGAGGGCAGGGAGUGCAGCAGGCAGGAGGGCAGCCGAGGGUGCCCGGGGCACCCCAGGGAGUGCAGCAGGCAGGAGGGCAGCCGGGGGUGCCCGGGGCACCCCAGAGAGUGCAGCAGGCAGGGGGGCAACCGGGGGUGCCCGGGGCACCCCAGGGAGUGCAGCAGGCAGGGGGUCAGCCGGGGGUGCCCGGAGCACCCCAGGGAGUGCAGCAGGCAGGAGGGCAGCCGGGGGUGCCCGGGGCAUCCCAGGGAGUGCAGCAGGCAGGAGGGCAGCCGAGGGUGCCCGGGGCACCCCAGGGAGUGCAGCAGGCAGGAGGGCAGCCGGGGGUGCCCGGGGCACCCCAGAGACCGGGGGUGCCCGGAGCACCCCAGGGAGUGCAGCAGGCAGGAGGGCAGCCGGGGGUGCCCGGGGCAUCCCAGGGAGUGCAGCAGGCAGGAGGGCAGCCGAGGGUGCCCGGGGCACCCCAGGGAGUGCUGCAGGCAGGAGGGCAGCCGAGGGUGCCCCGGGCACCCCAGGGAGUGCAGCAGGCAGGAGGGCAGCCGAGGGUGCCCGGGGCACCCCAGGGAGUGCAGCAGGUAGGAGGGCAGCCGAGGAUGCCUGGAGCACCCCAGGGAGAGCAGCAGGCUGGGGGGCAGCCGGGGGCGAUCGGAGCACCCCAGGGAGAGCAGCAGCUAGGGGGGCAGCCGGGGGUGACCCGAGCACCCCACCGCGAGCAGCAGGUAGGGGAGCAGCCGGGGGUGACCGGAGCACCCCAGGGAGUGCAGCAGGCAGGAGGGCAGCCGAUGGUGCCUGGGGAACCCCAGGGAGUGCAGCAGGCAGGAGGGCAGGGAGUGCAGAAGGCAGGAGGGCAGCCGAGGGUGCUCGGAGCACCCCAGGGGGAGCAGCAGGUAGGGGGGCAGCCGGGGGUGACUGGGGCACCCCAGGGAGUGCAGCAGCCAGGGGGGCAGCCGAGGGUGCCCUGGGCACCCCAAGGAGCACAGCAAUCAGGGGGGCGAUCGAUGGACGACCAGGAGCAACAGUUGGAGGAGUGGUGUCGACUUUUGGAGCUUGAUACCCCCAUGCCGACUGUGGAGGAGUCAGAGGCGGACGAAGCACCUCCCAUGCCGCCUUCCCCAUGCCCCCGCUUUCCGUGCGACACGUGUUUCCACACUUUCGCUAUGCGGGGGGCCGCUGCGAACCACAUGAGGGUAUGCCGAACGGCGGAGGCGGAGAGGCGUGCACAGGCUCUCGGCUCGAUUCCGUCUCUGGUGGAGACCGACACGCAGGAGCGAUCGACGCCGCGGGAAUUCGGGGAGGAGGCGUGGGCUGGGGUUACGUCAUGGGAAUGGGAAACAUUUUUCAGCGUGGAGGCGGUUGGAGGGAGGACAGUGCGCCGGAUUCCACAGCGGGCCAGGCAUAGGUCAGAAGGCGCUGAUCACAGAGCGGUUGGGUGCGUUCUGGGAGGGGAGGUGGCGGGAGCUGUUCGAUUCUGCCAUGGUGGCGGCGCGGCCAGCAGUUCGCCCACUUUCCUACACUUGCUCUGA